AUGGUGCACGAGCAGCGCGAGGGGCGCGCUAGGUGCACCUUCGACCACCUGAGGUAUACGACGCCCGAGGACCUCGAGCGUGGCGGCAUCUACAACGACAUCGCGAUCCCGCUCUUCUCCUCACCCAUGGAGCAGGCCGUCUGCGUCGCGCUCGCGUACCGGCAGAUACGCGACAAGACUUCCACGAGCGCCAGCAGCAAGCAGCGGCUUGGAGACUCCGCCCGGGUUGGAGACGGCGCGAAAUUCCGGCGGGCUGGCGGUGUCGUCGGCAAAGUGACCGGAGCGGUGGAAGACGUCAUCGAUGCGUCCGUGCGUGCGGUGGAAGUCUUGUCGGACAAGGCCGGCCACGGCGAUGGACAGGUCCGGACGACGGCGACGGACAGGGACGGCGACGGCGAUGUGGCGGGCGUGGGAGCUGCGAGCGGAUCUGCGAGCACGAGCCCCGGCACCGUGAUAGCGCUCCGUGAUAGCAGGCCGAACAGUUCUUCUUUCUGGAAGGUUUGA